AUGAAGAGCAUGCUAGGGGCAUUUGCGGACUAUAUGGACAAGGACAAGUGGGACAUGGAAGCCGUGGGUGCCAAUUGUAAGAAUACAGGUUGGGAUGAUGUGGAUGACCAGUACAGGACCCAGCAGACAGUAGCGGACGUAAUACGGUGCAGAUUCAUGAGUGUAGCAUUAGGCAUCGCAAAUGGGUGGACAGCCACAAAGCAGGAUAGGCACGACACAGUGAAAAUGGAUCCGGAAGAACAGAAUACGCUGAGAUGUGAAGUAACAAAUGUAUUUGGACAUCUACUGAGACACAGAUAUUGUCCCGACCAGGAACACUGGCGAAGAGGUACAGAGUAUGCUUUUCAAACAUUCACGCAGAUGAAGACGACGCCACAAGGUGGAGCUCCAGGCAUUGAGGGUCCUGUUGUCGACGGACUGUGUACCAUGUGUGGGUAUGGACACAAUAGGAAGCAUAUAGAAGCAGUAGAUUUGGACAUAGUAACCUGGUUAAUGAACGAAGGGAAAAUAUUGGCAGGAAUGGAUAAAAUAGAAGAAGGGGCUGAAUGUAACACGAAGUGGAAGGAGUACACAGUUCACAAGAUGAACAAGCAUGGCACUGGAAAAGUGGACGAAACACAAAUUCCUGAAAUAAAGAAAGACGAGGAGAAACUAACGAAGGAGGCGGUGAAAACUAUUGAAAAGGUUACAAAGGUAGUGGAACAGAAAAUUCAAGAAAUAGCAGGUAAGCACACGAAUAGUAAGAAUGCGCAUAACAAGAACAUACGGCCGCUACGAAUAUACGGCAGGUCCUCAUGUAAACCAUACGAAUAG